UUAUCGCCCUAUCGGAAAGAUUUUGGAGAAGGAAAACACGAAUACGAAAACAAAAAUCUGUCGUUUUGUCAAAAAAUCUCAUUAGAAAUGAAAUUUAUCCAACCAAAGAAUUUACUAAAAUUAAUCUACUUCGAAUGAGAACCCCUUCGACAGUUUAGUUCCAACGGAUUAGAAAUUUUACUGUUUCUUUCGAAGGUAUUCAUCAUGUUCUUCUAAUCAGCUCAAGACAGAUUUUUGAUCAUCCAUUGAUAAACAUCCUAAUGAAACAUGAAGAAUCUCGCCAGCGGGAAAUCUAAAGAAGAAAACGAAUCUAAAAGUCAACUACAACCGAUGAAGUUAUCUUCGUACCUGAUCGCUCUGCGACCGUGGUCGUGGAGUGUUUCGCUGAUACCGACGUUACUCGGAUGCACGAUAGCUUUUAAACUGAACCCGGAUAAAGAUUUCAGUUGGAUAAUCAUGAUAUUGACCGCAUUGACGGUAUUAUGCGUCCACGGAGCUGGUAAUCUGGUAAACACGUAUUACGAUUAUGUUCGCGGUAUCGACGGUAGAAACAGCGACGAUAGAACGCUGGUCGAUCAUAUACUUUCAGAAAAAGAAGUCGUUCCUUUGGGCGCGAUUCUCUACCUGGUCGGUUCCAUUACGUUUUUCUUGCUAGCCGCUCUGUCGCCGGCCAAAGUGGAACAUUUGGCCGGACCUUUCUUCUGCGGAUUAUCCAUAUCGUUCUUGUACACCGGAGGUUUCGGUCUCAAGUAUAUAGCCUUAGGAGAUUUGAUUUUCGUCAUCGUCUUCGGACCUGCUUCGGUCUUGUUCGCGUACGUCUCUCAGACUGGUAAAUUCAACUGGGAGCCGAUUUAUUACGCUUUACCGUUGGCUUUGAAUACCGAAGCUAUUCUACAUAGUAAUAAUACCAGAGAUUUAGAAAGCGAUAGUAAAGCUGGUAUCGUUACGUUAGCCAUUCUCAUCGGUAGAACUAUGUCGCACGUUUUGUACGCUUUUCUAUUAUUUACUCCUUAUAUCAUGUUCGUCGUAGCGUCCAUUAAAUGUUCAAAAACUUUCCUUCUGCCGUUGAUUACGCUAUCGUGGGCGUUCCAAAUCGAGAAACAUCUCCGAUCGACGGAUAGCAUGAAGAACGUACCUCGAGAAACGGCCAAAUUGAAUUUAUUUUUCGGCUUUUCUUAUAUUAUAGCUUUAUUACUCACUGAAACCAAUCGUCUUCCGUUCAUUUUACGAUAGCUCGAUGAACUAGCGGUCAUCGUAAUCGAACUUAUCAUCACCUGUAAUAAUUGUAAGUUUGUAAUUUUUCUUUCGUUUUUUUUUUUUGUACUGUACUGUGUACUUAACUUAUUUGGUAACCUGUUUUCGAUGUUUCUUGUACGUAAUUUACGUAAAUGUACUCGUAUAAUUGUACUUCAGUGAUAUUAAUUGGUGAUUAAUUAAUCAAAGUUUUUCUUCUUGUUUCCCUAUACCUUUUUUCCUAUUUCCCUGCCUUCGAAUUUUGCGUAUUUUAAAACGAUUAGGUUAUGUUGCGAAGGAUUACCUAUUUGAGAUUUGAUACGUAAUGCAUACGCGUUUUGUGCUAUAGUAAAUGUUGAGAGUUUUGCUCGAUUCGAUCGGUAUCGCUACGCUUAUAUAAUGUAAUGUUAUAAACGUGAUUUUGUAAAUCUCUCAGUAUCCAUUAGACGCCUAGAAUGUGAAUUUCAAUAUCAUAAUUUACCUACCGUUUACGAGAGAAUUAUAUUUUAAUGAAAUAUGUACAUGUACAAUUGGGUAUUUUAGAAUAUUUUUCCAACUCUUGAGGUGCAGGUGUAAUUUAUUACUGAACGCACUGAAUACUUGAGUAAGUGUUUUCAGUAUUUUGGCCCACUAUACAACCGGCAGAUUCUAUCUGUAAUGUAUUAAACCUUUUGUUUUUGUUGAUAAAUAGUAAUUUUUGAUUGUUUUCUUUUACAUCGAUUUUAUUAAAUAAUUUCAACGUU